AUGAUGAAGACCCAAAGAACCGAAGAUACCAAGAAAGAUAAAUACACGACACCGGCUGUCAAUGAACUCUACUCCACCUGGGGAGCAGGCCAGUACCAGGUGACAGUGCAGAGCACAGAUGCGUCUCAAAGGUGCAGGAUGUCUGGGUCAUACCUGCUGUCUUCUGAGAAAGAGGCUAUUUGUCUGCUGGACCUUAAGACCGGACAGGCCAUCUACCAUUGGCCCUACAGGCUCCUCAGGAGAUUUGGCCAAGUCAAGGGGGGAAUUAUGAUUGAGGCAGGUCGUCGUUGUCACACUGGGGAGGGUCAGUUCAUUUUCUUGUCAAAACAGGGGGCGCAAAUAAAGAGGGCCAUUGAGGAAGCCAUCAUGCACCAGAGCGUCCAAGAACUGCUGGCACAAGCCACCGCUCUUCCGCAAGAGAUGGCCUCCAAGCCCCCCUCGCCUAAAAGCAAACCACCGGACAGGCCUAAGGUAAAAAAUCUUCCUCCAAUCAGUGUGAAUCAAGAUCGACCACGCCCAGCAUUACAAUGCAAACAUGGCCAGCAAAUACACAAAGCCAUUGAGGAGGCACUCGCACAGCAGAGUCUUCAAGACCUGCUGCCACCAUCCAUACCCCUUCCGCAAGCCAUUCCACCCCCACCACCUUUACCAAAACCCAAAACCCAGGGCAGGGACAAAACUAAGAUCAAUAAGCAACUUCAAGGCAACAAGAAUCAGGAAAGACCUUGCCCUCCUGCACUGAAAAAACCUGGGCAGCCAAUACACAAGAUCAUUAAAGGGGUUCUCACCCACCAGAAUGUCCAAAAGGCAUCAUCCACUCCUCCUCAACAAGCCCCUCCACUACCGCCACCCUUGCCUAAAACCAAACCACAGGACAGGCCUAAAGUUAAAAAGCUUCCUCCAGUCAAUACAAAACAAGAUAGACCAUGUCCAACAGUACCACGCAGAUACAUCUCCUUACCAGAUCCACCACCUUGCGUCAAAAGCCCUGUAAGCAGCCCGGAUGAAGUUUUGUAUUCAGUUGUUUUUCCACAACCAAAGCCAAGAUCAAAAAUGAAUCUCCCAAAAGUUCCAACCCCUCCCAGUCUACCACCAAUCAUGGAUACAGAUGUAACCGUGGAUAAAGAGAAGGAGUGGAAAUCACCACAAGAACCUUCUGAGGACAAAAAUGAAGAAGCUCCCUACACUAACUGGACCGCGAAGGCCACUGCUGAGCAGGAUCAACCAGAUAUUCAGGACCUUUAUAGCACAGUGAAUUUUGCAGCUAAACGUAAGAACAGACAGACUGAGGACAGUGAUGAGCAAGAGCAGCCUAACAUUGAACAACAAACUCCUGUUAUCACUUCCAGUGAAAUCCCUUUCGACUUCAAAGAGACCCUUUCUAGCGUUCUGUUUAAAGAUCUGUCUAAAAUUCCACCCCCAUUUCCGCCCAGGUCACGUGGGGGAAGUAGUGACCAGUUAGAUCGAAUAGAUGAGCAGAUGACGGAUUGAGGUUUUUAUUGUCUACAGUUGAGGUCAGUGUCAUUGCUACCCUGAUUAAUGUGAGUGAUAUGUGUUAUAGGCUACAGUGUGCGAUAAGUUUUAACAUGAAACUUUUAAUAAUAAUGCACAGAAUAUGU